AUGGUCUGUUAUGAUGCAUUCAAGAUUGAGGCGAAUAAAUUCCGCUUUGUCUGCAAUCUUAGCGCAAAAUCCACUUCACGUGCGUGCAUAUCAACUCCUUUUCAUUGCCGAAAAACUACUGGUACAACCACCACUUCGGAAUAUCGUGAAACUAUCGUCGAAUGGGCUUUCGGCAAACGCAUGACCGCCGCCGAGCGGCUGCGCAAACACCAACGCUCCCUCGAAAAGACGCAGCGCGAGCUGGACCGCGAGCGUGUGAAGCUUGAAAACCAGGAGAAGAAGCUGAUUGCGGAGAUCAAGAAGAGCGCGAAGAAUGGACAGAUGGGGGCGUGCAAGAUCCAGGCCAAGGAUUUGGUGAGGACGAGACGGUACAUUGAGAAGUUUUAUAGUAUGCGGACGCAGUUGCAGGCGAUUAGUUUGAGGAUACAGACAGUCAGGACGAACGAGCAGAUGAUGCAGGCUAUGAAGGGCGCGACUGGUGUUCUGGGGAGCAUGAACCGCAGCAUGAAUUUGCCGGCGCUGCAGCGGAUAGCGAUGGAGUUUGAGAAGGAGAACGAUAUCAUGGAUCAGAGGCAAGAGAUGAUGGAUGAUGCCAUUGACGAUGUUACUGGGUUGGAGGACGAGGCUGAAGGAGAGGAGGUUGUGGAGCAGGUGCUGGAGGAGAUUGGAAUUGAUUUGAAGAAUGCUAUGGGCGAAACUCCUCAAGGUCUUCAGAGCCAAACUGUUACGGAAGGCAGGGUUGCGCAGGCUAUAGGCGGAGGUGGGGCGGGUGCAGAUCCUGGAGACAAUGAUCUUCAAGCUAGACUGGACAGCUUGAGGCGAUAG